UAAUAAACUUAAGUUUCAAUUAAAUAUGCAGUUUAAUUGUGCAAGCGGAUAAAAUCUCUACUUUCGUCGCCGUAUCAUAAAAAUCGAUAAAGAUCAAAUCCAUCAAAACACACGACUGACCUUCACUACGACCUUGAAACAUAUGAGCAGUCUGAAGUCAGCGGUUUUUAAGUUCAAAAGCAUGUUUGAAAGAAAUUUCAGGAAUUCAGUUUCAGUCAUUCACAACAUCGCAGCAUCGCAGUUUGCCGUGAAAAGAGCACGUGGUGAUGGGAAAAGCAAAUAUUUUUUUUGUGUUAUGAUGAAAACUGAAAGUGUCAAAUAAGUCAACUGAAUAUUUAAAUUCUCUGUGCUGUGGAUCGCACUUAUGGUUAUCAGAAUCGGAAUACUCGACUUAAAUUUCACAUUCCGAGGGACACAAUGAGUGAUGCAAAAAUGUCGCCGGAAAAUUUUUCCAACGCCAUUGUUCCCGGUCCAGUUAACUCAAGGAAAGGAGGCGCUAGACCUAUUAAGGUUGCAGCAUCUGCGGUACCAACGUUACCAGCUUGGGUAUCACCUAUUCAAGAAUUUCAAUGUAUCGUCUGUAAGCUCAUAAAAAAAUCGCCCACCGAAAUGCACCAACAUCAAUCCUUCUGUCACACAUCAGAGGAGCUCUCUCUCUCAGUCAUAGGCCUUCAAGUUCUUUACAACAUCCACAAAUCCUCCGAGAAAAAAGUGACACCUUCUAAAUCGGAUUCGCAAAAUACGGUAGUGGAUCUAACAAGCGACAACUGUAAACACGACACUCCAUCAUCACUCUUCCCUCCCGACACAAAUCCACCAGCAUUUCCCGAUGUUCAAAAAGAGCCCAUGUGCCUUAAAGUCGCCAUUUCAAAGUCUGUUCUCAAGACAAACAACUCAAAUGCAACAAAUGAUGGCCAUGAUUUGAAGACGCAUUUACAGGCGAAAGUCAUCUCCUCGAACAGCCCGCGACCUGUAGUAGUGUCCACGAAAAAAAAAAUUACAGCUCCAUCAAGUCGUCUGAAACGCAGAAAGGAAGUUAAAAUUCUUCCAGCUAUUCCAAAAAACGAGGAUCUUAAAAUUCAAUCUGAAAGCGCAAAGAUUUUUGUAAAAGAAGCUAGUCAAGAUCGCUUUUCCAGGAUAGAUGUAUCACAAAUUAUUCGUAACAAUAUUUUUCAAAGAGUUUUAACGUCUCACAACAACAACAACAACAAUAAUAAUAAUAAUAAUAAUGGAAAUCACCUCGCUGAUCGAACUUUCUUGGUGAAGAAGGAAAGUUCUCUUGCCCCUCGCAGUGAGCCCAUCUGUCUCAAGUUUUCCCAAGUUGAUGUUAAUUCCAUGAAAGUCGAUGAGGUCAAAAAGCCAGAAGUGAUUAUCGAUAAUUCCGAUGCGAUUUUUAAGAAACCGGCCGAUGUAAAAAAACCGCAAGAAACUAUUAAACGACCAGAGCUGACCAUCGAGAAAAUAGACACAAAUUUUAAAAAGCCAGAGUCAGUUGCCAUGAAGCCUGCGGUGACUAUCAAGAAAUUACCCAUGUGUACCAAGAAAACGGAAAUCAUCAAACCCAAUGAGCAAAUUUCAGGAAAUCAACGCACCGGAAACUUCACGAAAAACCUGAACAAUCUCUGUUGUGAUAUGCAGAAUGUCUGUCUCAAAAGGCCGCGUUCGGAAUCACCUUUACGAAAAUUGGAAUCGUCCUCUGGAGUCAGUCUAGAACCACCUCUUCAAAAGUCGGAACCGGAAUUUAUAAAGUUACAUUCAAUCCUGAAAAGGCCGAUGACGCAGAUUCAAAUAGUAGAGCAACCAGCAAAGAAACUCAAGUCCCUGCCGGAAGGUCCUCCUGAAGGAAUAAAAAACGAAAAUGUAAAAAAAAAAUCUUUGCCCAUCAUCGAAGUUGGUGACGAUGCUUGGUAUGAAACAGUGAAAAAUAAACUAUAUUUAGAGAGCGAAUUACCCACAGAUAUUACAAAUAUCGCUAUGCAAGAAUUUUCGAAUCAGAGCUUCGAAGUCUCGAAAAACGCGUCAGAGAGUUUUAAUUAUAACGAUUUAUCAAGCGAGGCUUUUAUGAACCUAGACUCGUAUCUGAUGCCUCCAGAAAUUCAACCGCAGGAAGAAUUGAAUUCAACUUCUCAAGGAUUCGUGGAUAAUCUGACUUUAGAUAAUUCGAAUCAAGUUCCAGCAUUCGAUUAUUCAAACGCAGAUUUGCUUUUCGAAAAUAAUCAAAAUCAUAUUUCGCCGGUCGAUCUGAAUGAAAACGUGUGGAAUUCGGAUGGCAAUUCGGUUUACACGGAACUUCUUCCCGUUUAUUAUUCUUAAGUCUUUCGCGACUGAAGAAACUUGUUUCUAAGAGAACAUGGAGACGACUUAAUUACAUUUUUCCUAUGUUUUCUUUUCAUGAUUAUAAAAGUAUAUAUAUUUUUUGUUCUGAUUGACUAGAAAUUAAGUUCGAACCAGGUUUAGACCAAAGAAAAAACCUACCGCUAUGCUAAGAGAUAAACGUGGUUUACUAAAACAAUGCAGUAUUCCUAAAAAGUAAGAAUUCGUUAAGUUCAUCAGUUUUAUUGGAAACUUGUAUAAGUUUGUAGAAUAAGCAACUGUUUUUGAUACUUUUUCAAUCCUUUGAGGAUCUAAAGUUUUAUAAAUAAGAUAAGAUCUUAAAAGUAGAUUAAAGAUGUCUUAAAAAUAUAUAAGACGUUACCAAGUAUCUCUUGAAAGUGCCAUAGAGUACCGAAUUAGUAUUUAAAAAAUCUGAGUUCUGCUAUUAUGAAAGAUAAUAAACAAUUUC